AUGAUAGUGGGUGCUACGACCGCUACGACCCUCUACGGUCCUCUACGUCAGUCUACGAGCCUCUACAGUAGCACGGAUCGCAUUCGUCCCCGUCUACUAACUGUUCUACUCAUAAUGUUAUCUGUCCUUCGUGACGGCUUGAUGGCUGACGGUCAGCACGGAACAGACACGAGCGAGGAUGAGCGGACCGAGCGGGGAUCGAUAGAUGGACACACGGCGCCGCACGACGAGGACGACGGAGACAGGAGACGCGCGGAGACCAGCUCGCGGACGGGGAGGCGGGCGUGUCAGUGGAGACGUCGCUGA